AUUAUUAAUAUUCAAUCGAAGUGAAUUAAAUUAUGCUGUUGUACCUCAAAUUAUAUUAUUAAAAUAUACAUAAUUUGUAGCUGUUGCGUUGCCAUAUCGUUGGUACACCGAUAACAGCUGUCAUCGAACCGGACACGGCACAAUACGUUCACACUAUAAUCUGUUAUUUGUUUUAUUAAAAAAAAAUGGCCCAAAGAACAAAAAAUAAGUCAAGUAAUGGCACGACAACUGAAGAAACAGAUGGAAAUCAGUCACAAACUGCACCAACACUGCACUUGCGCCUGGAACAGCCACGAGACGAACGCCGGGUGAUUUUUCACGAAGGUGUCAUAGACAAUGAGCAUUUGAAUCGCAAGAAAUCCAAAUGCUGCUGCAUAUAUAAGAAACCCCUGGCAUUCGGUGAGAGCUCCUCGGAGGACGAUGAAGAUUGUGAGCACUGUUUUGGGCAUCCCGAGAAGCGCAAGCGAAACGCCAAACACAAUCAUAAUCAUGAUAAUGACAACAGUUCUGGUCAGCCGGAUGACGAGCCAUGUACAUCCGCCCAGGCUUCAACGCAGCCAGGACCAUGCCCACCCGCUGAGCCUGUUGCAACGCCAGUGAAGCCACAGCCCGAUCCAGCCGCACCCAUUGACCAGUUCGAGCAGGCGGGCAAGUCGUAGGACGAACGAACACCAUUUUCGAUUAUGUAUAAUUAAAAACGUUAACAAGUUGUAACUAAAUAUUAACAGCUAUAAACAAACAAUUUAUUUUCCGGCAGUAAGAA